AUGAGAAGUACAAGCGUUAUUCAGGAAUCCUUAGCAGAAUGGGAGCGCGGUCUCGACAUGCCACCAGAGGCGUUAGGUCGCAAGUGGAGCCAGAGGAGUGCCCACGCGCAGCGGACUUCAAGCGACCAGACAGUCAGCUCCACCAAUGCCACUGACGCUUGCAAACUUAUAAUUUACAUAGAACAAAAGCCAAUAUGGAAGUUAUCGCUUUGUGGCGGUAACGCGGCAGCAGUAGCAUCGCGGGCGGGUACCAAGCUCCUACCACCAAAGCUCAGAAUAGUGUGGAACCCUCCUACCACUCCCUACCACCACACGGAGAAAUUACGGCUGGUGGUCACUGCUGUUAACAGUGGUGCAGUUUGCAAUAACGAUACUCAGUUCACUUGCGGCUUGACAAGUCUUUGCAUAUCGUCUUACCUUGUAUGCGAUGGCGUGAGGCAUUGCCCGGGAGGCGAGGAUGAGGACACGAAUGCCUGCUCACACCGCCGGGACUCCCCACUUCUGGAAGUACUGAGGAGGAUAGCGGCUAGGAACCAGGAGUUUUUAGGCCUGGAUCAGCCUGAUGGGAUGACGAAGCCCUCGGUUAUAAUGAAAAUAAGCGAAAGCGAAACCAAAUCAAACGCUUUUAUUGAGUUCGCGAAUUCCCUGCGUCCGUAUGGGCCCUGGUCUUACAUCGUCGUUGGGAUGAUCGGAUGUGCUGUGAUACUCAUGUUCUGUCUCGCUUGGGAAUGCUGUUGCAAGCGUUCCAAGCCUUCAGACACGCCGCUAAACAUUCCGCCUUCGUGUGUUGAUCUCUCCCCUUCAGUGGCGAUGACCGCGUCUUCCCAAAUGUUCUCCAACCCCCUCCCAUCACCGCCAGAGUACGAGCCUCCACCUUCCUACUCCUCCCUCUUUCCCCGCGCCUUCAAGACUUCCCCCUCCCCGGUACCCCAUUGCUCCCACCAAGAGCCAGAUUAG